AUGAGAGGAAACGGGACAAAGUCCCUGACCAUCGUGAUCAAGCUUGGAACAAGCUCGAUUGUUGAUGAAAAGACUCAUGAGCCGCUUCUUCCUAUUCUCACUCUCAUUGUUGACACAGCUGUAAAGCUCCGAAAGGAUGGCCACCGAGUAGUCAUCGUUUCGUCGGGAGCCAUCGGCGUUGGGCUCCGGCGUAUGGACGUAGAGAAGCGACCUAAGCAUCUCGCACAGCUACAGGCACUCGCGGCGAUCGGUCAAUGCCGAUUGAUGAGUCUAUGGGAUAGUUUAUUCACUCAUCUCAGGCAGCCAAUUGCCCAGAUUCUCCUUACUCGAAACGACAUUGCAGAUAGAACCAGAUACUUCAAUGCCCAGAACACCUUUCAUGCACUUCUGGAGCAGGGCGUUAUUCCCAUCGUCAACGAGAAUGACACUCUCGCUGUUGCCGAAAUCAAGUUUGGCGACAACGAUACUCUCUCCGCCAUCACUGCCGCCAUGAUUCACGCCGACAUGUUGUUCUUGAUGACAGAUGUUGACUGUCUGUACGACAAGAACCCCCGAACCCAUCCAGAUGCCAAACCCAUUGAGGUGGUCGAGGACAUUGCCGCCCUCCAAGCUGAUGUUUCUAGUGCUGGCUCAUCCCUCGGAACUGGAGGCAUGAGUACCAAGAUUAUUGCAGCCAGAUUGGGCACUUCUGCGGGUGUCACGACUGUGAUUACAAGGUCAUCUAACCCAGGAAACGUGCUUCAUAUUGUGCAAUACCUCCAAUCAAUACAAAGAGGGAACACCCCUCCCAGUCCUGAUGAACGCGCCGAAGGUCUGACACGUUCAGCGUCAGCUCUGUCACUGUCAGCCUCCAAUGGCAAUGGUGCCCCCUGGCCCCCCCUACAUACCCGAUUCGUCCCUGCCAACAACCCUAUCCGGGACCGUCACUUCUGGCUGCUUCACACCCCUUAUCCUCAUGGCACCCUCUACAUCGACUCGGGAGCUUACAAAGCACUUGUUGGAAAGGCUGGCCUGCUCCCGGUAGGUGUUGUUGACGUCGAGGGUAACUUUGCCCAGCAGGAAGUAGUGCGGCUUGUGACAGUCAAGAGACGAUCAACUCCUGGACCGGAUGGUAAGAUGUGGGAGGGUACCCCGGAAGAGGUCGGCCGAGCAUUGGUCAACUAUGCUGCUGCUGAGAUCGCUCGGAUCAAGGGAAAGCAAAGCGUGGAGAUUGAGAAGAUUCUUGGUUACGCUGACAGUGAGUAUGUCGCUCACCGACAGCAUGUUGGCUUCUUUGGGAAAGGUAGCAGACCAGUAAGUCCCGCACACGAGAUCCUUUCGGCUGUAAUGGAAUAG